UGCAGCGAGAGUGCGGUAAACUUGUACAAGCAAAAUACAAAAUAAUUGUUGGAUGUUAUUAUGGACGACAAACCUUUAACUCACAGUUUGUUAGUGGAAACCUCAAAGAUGUGUAUUGCAUGCCUUGCAACUUCCGACUCAAUGGUCAACAUAUAUACGAAAAUGCGCUUUAAGCUGCACGGACAGGAGCAGGAGCAGCAGCUGUGUCUGGCGUACAUGAUCAAUAAGUGCACUGACUUCAACUUGAGGCUGGGUGAUGGAUUCCCCACGCACAUGUGCAUGGGAUGCAUUGAGGCGACCAAAGCUGCGUUCAGAUGGAAGCGCCAGUUCGAAGAGAGUCGCCGCUACUUUGUACAGGUGAUAAAAGCGGAAGAAGAACUCUGCGCGCUGGUGGAGGAAGAGUGGAUUCUGACAGAAGUAAACGAAGAGUCUCAGGGACCAGGAAUACCAGAAGGCAAUGAACUCACUUUGGGUGAGCCUAAUAAUGCAAUGGGAGACGACAGAAUCGGCAACUGCGAAUUACUCGAGCCAGUAGAAGAAGCCAUGGAACCCAUUGAAGAACCAAAGAGAACCAGACAAGAGAGACUUUGCAAUAAAACCAACGAGGGAUCCACUCCAGCGAAAAAACUAAGGCCUAGAAAGUGCAAAGGGGUCCCAGCCGACGAGAAGCACCGCCAGAAUGAAGAGGAGUCCGAUGAAGAUGAGACAAAGUCGCUUCUGCAUACAAAAUUCGCAAGGAACAGUAACGACUCGAAGCUGCCCGUUAAAAAAAAAAAGCCUUUCCGGUGCUCCCAAUGCUCCAAGGCUUUUAUGCAUAAAGGCAAUCUCGAUGUGCACAUGCGCCACCACACUGGGGAACGGCCCUUUCGAUGCUCCCAAUGCUCCAAGACGUAUACGCAGAAAAGCAUUCUCGAUGCUCACAUGAGACUUCACACUGGGGAAAGGCCCUUUCGAUGCUCCCAUUGCUCCAAGGCCUUUGUACAGAAAGGCAAUCUCGAAGUGCACAUGCGCCACCACACUGGGGAACGGCCCUAUCGAUGCUCCGAAUGCUCCAAGACGUAUACGCAGAAAAGCAUUCUCGAUGCUCACAUGAGACUUCACACUGGAGAAAGGCCCUUUCGAUGCUCCCUAUGCUCCAAGGCCUUUGUACAGAAAGGCAAUCUCGAUGUGCACAUGCGCCACCACACUGGGGAACGGCCCUUUCGAUGCUCCCAAUGCUCCAAGACGUAUACGCAGAAAAGUAUUCUCGAUGCUCACAUGAGACUUCACACUGGAGAAAGGACGUACCGGUGUUCCCAAUGCCCCAGUGCCUAUGUCCAAAUGUCUAGUCUCAAUCAUCACAUAAUGCUCCACCACCCUGAAAAGCUGCCGUACCAGUGUUCCCUCUGCUCCAAGUCUUAUGCUAAGAAGGUCGCUCUAGAAGGGCACAUCAUGCGCCAACACACUAAGAAAAUCGAGGAAGGGAAGACCACACGCGAAUACAAGCUGCGAUCUCGGACCACAGAAUCAUAACGUUAAAAAAAAAAAAAAAAAAAAAAUAUUUUAAGAUGUCUAUUUUCUAAGCACUACACUACCUACUCUUCAGCGACACGUGAGUCGCGUAGUCUCACCCGGUACUCGAAGAGUAAAAGGGUAUAUUGUAUUUGUGCGAAUAACGUUUGUAUGUAUAUAUAUUCUUGAUCAGCAUCA